AUGUCCUCGUCCUCAAGCUUGGAAAGAGCUCUGAGGCAGCGGCUGGAGGAAAGGAAGUCAAAAUCACAACUACGCCGGCUGACCUCCUUCCCCUCGACGAGCGUCGACUUCUCCUCCAACUCCUAUCUCUCGCUCUCUGCCGUGCCAGAGGUUCAAAAAGCCUACAUAGCACACCUUGAACAGCUGAUCGCGUCGAAUUCUCGAACGUCCAUCCUGGGAUCCAGCGGCUCCAGGCUCCUCGACGGCAAUUCGAACUAUGCCGAAGCGCUGGAACGCGACGUUGCCGCAUUCCACCAUGCUCCUGCCGGUCUGCUUUUCAACUCGGGCUUCGACGCCAACGUGGGCUUGUUCAGUUGCGUCCCUCAGCCAGGAGAUGUCGUGGUCUACGAUGAGCUCGUGCACGCCAGCGCCCACGACGGCAUGAGGAUGAGCCGCGCCGCCCAACGACUGCCGUUCAAGCACAACACCGUCUCCCCAGCGGCGCCCCACACUCUGGGCCAUACCCCGCCAGCACGACAAAGCCUCAGUGAGAUCCUCGCAGCAUUGACCCAGGGCGCGAACGGUCGAGAGGUCAGGGCCGGGACCCGGAACGUCUUCGUCUCUGUCGAGGCCGUCUACAGCAUGGACGGCGACGUUGCGCCGCUGCGGGAAAUCGUCGACUGCAUCAAGCAGCACCUGCCCCGCGGCAAUGGUCGGCUCAUCGUUGAUGAGGCGCAUUCGACAGGCCUCUUCGGCCUGCAAGGCCGCGGCCUGGUGUGCGAGCUCGGGCUCGAGCGCGAUGUCUUUGCGCGCCUGCACACCUUCGGCAAGGCUAUGGGGGCUUCAGGGGCCAUCCUCCUCUGCGCGCCGGUUGUCAGGGAGUACCUGAUCAAUUACGCGCGUACCUUGAUCUACACGACGGCCAUGUCGCCGGCGAGCCUGGCGGGCAUCAGGGUCACGUACGACUUCGUAGCCACAGAGAUGGCCGACGAGUUGAGGCGGCGAUUGAGAGAAUUGAUCGGGUACACGCACGGCCUCUUUGUGUCAAUUUGCGCACGCUACGGCGCGGCCCCGCGACCGCUGGUGCGCAUUGAUGCGGGGUUGCCCUCGUCGCCCAUUAUCCCGUUGUUGACCUCGCAUCCGCGCAGUUUGGCGUUGUACUGUCAAGAACGAGGCUACGUCAUCCGUCCUAUUGUCGCACCUACAGUGCCGAAAGGCAGCGAGAGGGUGCGGGUCUGUCUACAUGCUGCCAACACGAAAGAAGAGGUCGAAGGUCUGGCCCACGUGGUCGAGGAAUGGGUGCUCAAGACACAGAAGGAGGGCCUUCAGGAGACCCAACCACCAGUGCAGAAGGCUCAUCUUUAG